UAGCACGGCAGGGUUAAAUAAAUAAGGGAAGGCUGGUGUAGUUACUGCAGCCGCUGGAGUUCGUAUGCAGCAUUGCACACACACACACACACACACAGAGAGAGAGAGAGGGAGAGUGAAGGGGAGGGGGGUGGGGGAAUCUCCUGCUUGCCAGUGUAUUCUCUGCUCAUCCCUGUUACCAUGCAGUGCCCAGGGAGGGUGCCAUGCUAACCAGCCAACUUCUGACUGUGGUUCUGCUCGCCAGUACCAGACUCCCUUCUUUUUACACCUGGAGUGGAGAAGACUUCUACUUUCAGCCCAACAGCACUUCGCUCAACUUCUCCCUCGCAGCCUCCCUGGACUUGGAGCCUGGUUCGCCCGCAGCCGGAGCCGAGACUGAAGCUGGGGAACUCGUGGCCUCUUCCAACCGGUGCAACAUCACAGUGCUGAGGCUGGUGACCACCUCGCUGCUAGCCCGCUGGGAACGGUCUCUGGGCUUUAAUUGCGAUGUCCUGCUCUUCACCACCAACAGCAACGCCAGGUCCUUCUUCUCGGCGGCUUUCACCAGGGUCUUCCCCCCUGUGAUCAUUGACCAUGUCGGGGUUGGUGGGGGCCAGCAGGAGUUCAAACUCUGCGUCGGCUGCGGGGCUUCCCAGCGCAGAAGGUCCGGCCAGAGGAGGAGGAAGAGGAGGGCGACCCCCCCCCACCAGGGGCAGCAAGUGAGCUUCUGCUGCCUGGAUUUCAGCCUGGAGGAGCUGAGGUGGGACAAGGGCUGGAGGCUCAACCGCAAGCCCAUCGAGUCCACCCUGGUGGCCUGUUUCAUGACCAUCGUGAUCAUCAUCUGGAGUGUGGCCGCUCUCAUCUGGCCGGUGCCCAUCAUUGCGGGCUUCCUACCCAAUGGCAUGGAGCAGAGGAGAGGCUGAAGGUAUUGGAAGGUGGGGGUGGGGGUCCACCUGGGGCUGAAGCGGGGUAUCUAACAGAACCCGCAAAGCCUUCCCCCCCAGCUCCAGAGGGCCAGGUCAUGUUCUCAACCACACAGCCUGUGAUGCUGGACUCAGAAGGACAACUUGGUAACACAAACUGGUCAAAGUAAAGGAGUUCAGACAGCUGAUGGAAGAUUCCCUGUACACAGUCUUUGCUCCUACACAGGUAGCGGUCUUUGCCUUGUGCUUCUUGGAGUCACAGUUAGAUUUGCAAGCUUGACUUCUCUGUGACUGGGGUCUGGGGGGAUUGGGGAGACUUUCCUGCAUCCAGAACACGGUUAUUUUCCGGAGAAUACAGGUAACAACUAAUUAUUUAAGUAAUGAUGGAUUCUAUCCCUUCGUUUCUCUUUGCUGUGGAUCACAGCAUGAUGGUGAUGAUUCCUCCCCCAUUGUGUUUUCCUUGCACUCCACAAACACAUAGGAUGCUUGUCUGUUAUUCUUGGUGAUUUUCCAUUUCGUCCGCCAGCAUUUCCACCACAAGGUGAUUGCCACAAUAGCAAUGAUUACCAUCUUGAUCAGAUCAUUCCCAAAGGGGUUUCAUUCCACCAAGACCAGGUUAAGAUACCGUUGUCACAAUGGAUGAGUUUCAGCGUUCUGCAAACUGUGUGUUUUAUUCCGAUAGUUAUCAAUUAGUUUGUGUUGG